CUGCUCAUUAGUUAAACAGCCCCGCAUGCAGCUAGCUAACGUUUACAGCAAGCAGACAUUAAUCGGUUAUAUCACCAGUCUGACAAAACAAAUUCACUUCGGAAAUAAUUCAGCUGAGCUGCGGUUGAGAAGAAAUACCUACAGCUAAAAUAUGUCGGCGAGCUAACUUUAGCUGGGCAUGCUAACUAACUAGCUACCGUUGGCUAUCGUUAGCUAUCAUGGCAGCACCAGCUCCUCCACAUGUUUCUGCUCCUAUGCUAAGUCAAAAGCAACGCAGGGCUGCCCAGAGGAAAGAGAGAAGAAAACGGAAACGCCAAGCUCUCGCCCAAGCCAGAGAAUGUGGUUUGAAUAAUGGAGCAAUCUGCACACCUGAAGAAGAAAUAAAGGAUGAAGAAGAUGAAGAUAAUGAUUUUGCAGAGGCAGAAAGACUGCAGCUACAUGAGGAGUGGCUGGAGAAAGAGCGGCUCGCUCAGGAGGAAUUCAGGCUGAAGCUGGAGAGGGAGGAAGCUGCACGGAAAAGAAAAGAGGAGGAGGAGCGGAUGAUAAAGCUGGAAUGGGAAGCCCAGCAGAAGAGAGAACAAGAAGAAAAAGAGCAGAAGCAGCAGGAGAAGCAAGGCAGAGAGGAGGCUGUUCAGAAAAUGUUGGAUGAAGCUGAAAACCAGCUGCAGCUGGAUAACGGCGGGCCGUGGAUGAAUCCCGAGGCUCCUGUGUCGGAGAGCUCUGAGAACUUUGGGACGGAGCGCGACGUGGCCAAUUGUCCGUUCUUCCUCAAGACCGGAGCGUGUCGAUUUGGAGACAGAUGUUCUCGGAGGCACACUUACCCCACAGCCAGCACGACUCUGAUGAUCCGCGGCAUGUUUAAAACAUUCGGCAUGGAGGAGUCACGGCGUGAUGACUACGACACUGACGCUUGGUUGGAGCACAGCGAGGACGAUCUGCAGGAGUCUUUCCUCGAGUUCUACCACGACGUCCUGCCAGAGUUUCAGAGCAUCGGCAAGGUGAUGCAGUUCAAGGUCAGCUGCAAUUAUGAACCCCAUCUGAGAGGAAACGUUUACGUGCAGUUUGAGACAGAGGAGCAGUGUAAAGAGGCCUUGUUUAAGUUCAAUGGGAGGUGGUACGCAGGCCGGCAGCUUCACUGUGAGAUGUGUCCUGUGACGAGGUGGAAGAACGCCAUAUGUGGAUUGUUCGACAGACAGAGGUGCCCCAAAGGGAAGCACUGUAACUUCCUGCAUGUAUUUCGAAACCCUGGCAAUGAAUUCUGGGAGGCCGACAGGGAUCUGUCGCCCGACCGCAGCGUCAGGGGGAGCCGCAGAGGCGGUUGGCAUUCAGAGCGAGAUAGAGACCGAUCGAGGAGGCAACGUCACUGCAGCAGAAGCCCGCCGAGGUCUGAGAGGUCCCACAGCAGACGAGAGGGCGACAGGCAGAGGAGCAGGAGCAGAGAGAGGAGGCCGUCCCAGCAGCACCGAGACGACAAAUGGUCGUCCAGGUCCAGACGCAGCGACAGGAGGAACGACUGGUAUCUGAGCAGGAGCAGGGACCGGUCGAGGAGCAGGAGCAGAGACAGAGAACCAGACAGGCUGAGAAACAGGAGCAGAGACAGAGACAGGUACCGGAGCAGAAGUGAAGAGAGAGACGGCAGAGAUAAAGAUACAGACGCUCACAGGAAGGUGAGAGAACGGUCCAGAAGCUCGAGCAGAGAGGAGGAAAGACACAAGCGCAGCAGAGAAAAGAGCCCGGAUAAAAAUGACAAACCCCCGAAUGAUGUAAACAACAGACACAAACGCCACAAACAGUCCAAAAAGAGCAAGAAGAAGAGCAAGAAGAAGCAUAAGAAGAAGAGCCAUCAGCCCGAAGAGACGACCUCGACUGGAGAGUCGGAGAAGGAGGAGACGGCAGAGAAUCUCAGAGCAGCGAGUCCCGGUCAGGAGAUGAAUUCAGAGCUUAUUGAGAAAAACAAUGACCUGGAUGAGAGUCAGUGUGCUGACAGCGAGAAGAAGUUCAGUCCUGAGGCAAACACCGAACAGUCUCACACAGAAAUCAAAAAUGAACCCUCUUAAGCCGCUUUUCCACCACGCAGUCCAACUCAGACGCACUGAGGAGUUAUUUUUACGUUUUGCUUUGUCACAGCUUGUUCUUUGAUCGGUGCUCUGGUUUGAGGUUUCUUCUAGUUUUUCAGCGGUCUCUUGUCUUGCUGACUGCAUGUUUUUUCUCAAACAUCGUCCUCUUGCAGAUACGAGAGGGAGGAACACAAAUAUACAGUGAUGGUGAAUGAGAAGUUAGUCCGUCGUCCAUCUGGCAGUAAUGAACAGUUCAGGUUUCAGCAUGUCAGUUAAUAAAUUCUUCAGCUUUUCAAAAAAAAAAGUCUGCUCUGCUUCGUGACAACAGCUGGAAACAGGACGUUCUGCACUGCAAACUCAAAGCGAUCGAGGGCUACUGAGCCUGAAGUGUGUGGUGGAAACACGACUUUAACUUGUAAAACAAUCUGUAAAUUUGAUCCGGCUUUUCCCCUGAUAACUUAUGUGAAUGUAAAAUAAGAAAGACAGUCAGUUCGUGCUCGCCAUCUGUAUGUACAUUUGUGUAUAUUUAGCUUUUGUAAAAACGGUGGAUGUUGCUUUAAUUAUCGAACACUUGAUCACCUGCAGCUGUGGCACGACUCGGUUACUGUCGCUGAGCAGAAACAACAUAAAACAUGAGAUGAACAAAUGGGUUUCUCUGUUUUUAAUACAUUUAUUGUUAAUAACUUUCAAAUAUAAGAAAGAAAAAGUUGGCAAAUGUGUUGGCAGUGUUUAAUACAAAAGUGAUUUCAAAUCAA